AUGGCGCGCCACGGCGAGGGGGCGGGGCAUCAUGCCAAAUAUGACUUGAGGGGGCGGGGCCCCGCUCCAUAUUUGGCGGAGGCAGCGGAGCGCGCCGUGAGCCCCGAGCUCCGCUGGACCGGGCCCGGGCCCGGUGCCGGUUACCGGAGGGGAGGCUCCCCGGGUAGCGAUGGCCCCGCCCCGCUGGCCUCGCCCCGGGAGGGGCUCUGGGGAGCGCCCGCGGGCUCAGCCCCGGCCCGGGGCUGCGGGCGGCGUGAACGGGUCCCGGGAGCACCGGAUCCGCUGCUCCCCCCCCACCCCUCCGGCCACCUCCCGCAGCGGCGGACUACGGAUUCCCGGCGUGCCCGGCGCGCAGGCGCAGUGAGCGCGGAGCGCACGCCGGGCCCGGCAUGGCGGAGCGGAGGCCGCGCAGCCCGGGCGGCCCCCGCCGGGACCGGGAGCGGCGGCGGCGGCGGCGGGGGGCGGGGGGGAGCGGCGGGGCUGGGAGCGGGGACGGCGGCGGGAGGAGGAGGAGGAGGAGGAGGAGCGGCGGGGUCCAGCGACCCGGCGCGGCCCGGGCUGAGCCAGCAGCAGCGGGCGAGCCAGCGCAAGGCGCAGGUGCGCGGGUUCCCCCGCGGCAAGAAGCUGGAGAAGCUGGGGGUGUUCUCGGCCUGCAAGGCCAACGACGCCUGCAAGUGCAAUGGCUGGAAGAACCCCAACCCUCCCACCGCCCCCCGCAUGGACCUGCAGCAGCCGGUGACCAACCUGAGCGAGCCGUGCCGGAGCUGCAGCCACGCGCUGGCAGACCACGUAUCCCACCUGGAGAACGUCUCGGAGGAGGAGAUCAACCGGCUGCUGGGCAUGGUGGUGGAUGUGGAAAACCUCUUCAUGUCAGUGCACAAGGAGGAGGACACGGACACCAAGCAGGUCUAUUUCUACCUGUUCAAGCUCCUGCGGAAGUGCAUCCUGCAGAUGAGCCAGCCUGUGGUCGAGGGGUCCCUGGGGAGCCCCCCCUUCGAGAAACCAAACAUUGAGCAGGGAGUCCUGAACUUCGUGCAGUACAAGUAGCACUUGCCGCCCAAGGAGCGGCAGACCAUGUACGAGCUCUCCAAGAUGUUCCUGCUCUGCCUCAACUACUGGAAGCUGGAGACUCCAUCCCAGUUCCGGCAGCGCUCGCAGAACGACGAUGUGGCCACCUACAAGGUCAACUACACAAGGUGGCUGUGCUACUGCCACGUGCCGCAGAGCUGCGACCGCCUUCCCCGCUACGAGACCACGCACGUCUUCGGGCGCAGCCUCCUCAAGUCCAUCUUCACGGUCACCCGCCGGCAGCUGCUGGAGAAGUUCCGGGUGGAGAAGGACAAGCUGGUGCCGGAGAAGCGGACGCUGAUCCUCACCCACUUCCCCAAGUUCCUGUCCAUGCUGGAGGAGGAGAUCUACGGCGAGAACUCUCCCAUCUGGGAGGCUGAUUUCACCGUGCCGGCUGCCGAGGGGGCUCAGAUGGUUUCUCGCCCAGCCGCGGUCAGCACCGUGGCCGUGCCCACUGCUCCGCUCUUCAGCAAGAAGCUCAGCAACAGCAGCUCUGCUGCGAGCAUGGACGCCAGCGCCCGGAGCCCCUGCCAGGUAUGACCAGUGCAAGCAGGGACCUCCCUCGGUCCCUCCUCGUGCUGGACAUGCCCUCUGCUCCACGCUGCAGGGGAGAAGAGGAAGCUGCCCGAGAGCCUGACGCUGGAAGAUGCCAAGCGCAUCCGUGUCAUGGGCGACAUCCCCAUGGAGCUGGUGAAUGAGGUCAUGCUGACCAUCACGGACCCCGCUGCCAUGCUGGGCCCUGAGACCAGCCUGCUGUCGGCGAACGCGGCGCGGGACGAGACGGCGCGGCUGGAGGAGCGCCGCGGCAUCAUCGAGUUCCACGUCAUCGGCAACUCGCUCUCGCAGAAGUCCAACAAGAAGAUCCUGAUGUGGCUGGUGGGGCUGCAGAACGUCUUCUCGCACCAGCUGCCCCGCAUGCCCAAGGAGUACAUCACUCGCCUCGUCUUUGACCCGAAGCACAAGACCCUGGCGCUGAUCAAGGAUGGACGGGUGAUCGGCGGGAUCUGCUUCCGCAUGUUCCCCACCCAGGGCUUCACGGAGAUCGUCUUCUGUGCUGUCACGUCAAACGAGCAAGUGAAGGGCUACGGGACCCACCUGAUGAACCACCUGAAGGAGUACCACAUCAAGCACAACAUCCUCUACUUCCUCACCUACGCAGACGAGUAUGCCAUCGGCUACUUCAAGAAGCAGGGCUUUUCCAAGGACAUCAAGGUCCCCAAGAGCCGCUACCUGGGCUAUAUCAAGGACUACGAGGGAGCGACGCUGAUGGAGUGCGAGCUGAAUCCCCGCAUCCCCUACACGGAGCUCUCGCACAUCAUCAAGAAGCAGAAGGAGAUCAUCAAGAAGCUGAUCGAGAGGAAGCAAGCGCAGAUCCGCAAGGUCUACCCUGGUCUGACCUGCUUCAAGGAGGGCGUGCGGCAGAUCCCCAUUGAGAGCGUCCCCGGCAUCCGAGAAACAGGAUGGAAACCCCUGGGGAAGGAGAAGGGGAAAGAGCUGAAGGAUCCGGACCAGCUCUACAACACCCUGAAGAACCUCCUGGCCCAGAUCAAGACCCACCCCAGCGCGUGGCCCUUCAUGGAGCCGGUGAAGAAGUCGGAGGCACCGGACUACUACGAGAUCAUCCGCUUCCCCAUCGACCUGAAGACCAUGACCGAGCGCCUGAAGAACCGCUACUACGUCACUAAGAAGCUGUUCAUCGCCGACCUGCAGCGCAUCAUCACCAACUGCCGCGAGUACAACCCGCCCGACAGCGACUACUGCAAGUGUGCCAACACCCUCGAGAAGUUCUUCUACUUCAAGCUCAAGGAAGGGGGGCUCAUCGACAAGUAGGGGAGCUGGCCCCGACCCGGGCACCGGCUCCCCAUGGGAGGGACAGGGCUGCCUGUGGGGACCCAGUCCUGUGCUGCGGGCAGGGGCUGCUGGAGGUUUUGGUGCUGUGAGUGGUCUUCCUUUGGGGCAUCAGGGCCUUGUAUCCCCAAGCUGCUGCCUCUCAAAGGCUCUGGCAGGGGCAGUGCUGAGCUCCUGCUUCCUGGCACUGGUGCUUCCCUCCUCCCCAGGGUCGUGCCUUCUGCUGCCCUGGCUCUCCUCCACAGGGCAGGGGCACACAAGUGCUUUGGGUUUCUGUUCCUGUCCACGCACAGGCAGCCCCUGCCCGUCUUGUUGAAUGUAUGGUGGGGCUCAGCCCUGCCCGCCUUGGCCUGCAGGCAGAGAUGCUGCUCGUGGUCCAGGGUCGUGCUGUGAGGGGAUGCUCUGUCCUUGGCCCCCCCUUAGUUCCUGCUGCCUCGAUCGGCUCUUUCCCUGCCUCUGCUCCAGACAGGGGCUCAGCUGCAGUGUCUACAGCCCCCUCCCUGCCUGCACAGCCCUCCCUGUCUGCUUCUGCUGCCCACUGGCGUGUUGGGUUCUGGCAGCCCGGGUCUGCUGUGUGUGU